GAUUCAGGUAAUGGUUCGGAAGAUGAAGUGGUGUUCAAAGAUUGACUUUUCCGAAUCAAAUUUUUAUGGAGCCUUUUUCCACAUACUAUCUGUGGCAAUGGCAAUAUGUUCGCUUUUGUCCAGCGAGUGGAUAUUGAUCGAGGAACCAUCUAUGAAUUCUACGUCAUCUGAUCCUGAGCUUUUCUUCGACGUUUCUCGUUCUGAUCGUUGCACUAACAUAGGAUGUCGAGAUUUUUGGCGCCCUGCUCGUUUUGGCGGUUUCUUGGAUAACAAAGGGAAAACGCACAUCGCAUUCCACUCCAGCGAACGUGUGCUACUAGACUGCGUUACUCCGAUGGUUGCUAAUCUUUUCUACGUCCUGAUUGCUCUCUGUUUCGUAAUUGCUCUCACAUCAUCGCUAUCUUUCAUUAUGAAUCUUCUUCCACCACCUAAUGGUUUUCUGCAAUGGCUGAAGAAAAACACGAUUUUUGAAAUGUGCAACAUGCUUUUAACUUUAUGCGUCUGCGUGGUAGCUCUUAUUGCUCAGUGCGAAGUAGCACGUGUCAGACAGGAUUGUGAUGUUUCACUCGGUGGCGGUGUAUUUAUGGUCUGCCUGGCUGGCAUGAUGUGUUUCUUCGCUGCCACUUCUACACUGCGCCAUUCUACUAAAAUGAAUCGGCUUCGUCGAAUCGACAAUCAGCGACUUCUGUGUGCCAGAUCACUGAGAUCCUGGCGCGAUUCUGCGCGCCGAUCCGAGGAUGUUUUACCGAUUGUCGAUUUCGAAAGGUAUCUCGAUUCGUCUUCCUCAUUAGCUGAUAUUGGCGUGGCCCACUCAAACCCGGUUACAGCAUGAGGUCAAGGAAGUUACUGAAAGUCUCAGUUGUCAUUCAUCAGGAUCUAUCUACUCGUCACCCACGACCCGGUGUGUUUUACCGUACCCAUUUUUACUCUGCUCGACUAAGCCUUCCCUGUUUUUGGAAGUCUCUUUGCGGAUCAGUUUUGGGUAAUAAGUUUUGUUUGUUGGCUUCCAUAUUGCCAUACUUCAUCGGCUGUAUAGCGAAUACUUGUUGUCUUUGCACAUUACGUAUAGUCAAGUAGAUCCAAUUGCUGUUGUGUGCAAAUGCACAUAAAAGCUAAAGAGCUUGACGCUUGUUUUUAUGGAGGAUGUUUACUGCCAACGGAUGGAGGAAUGAAUAGCGCCAUUGAGCGUCAUUUCCGCGUACCAUGGGUCCUUUCGCUCAUGGUUCUGCAUAUGGUGUGAGGACUAGUAGUCUACUUAGGCAGCUCCUAAUGCCGGUAAUCGUUUCUCUCUUUGCGAACUGGCCUCCUCCGUGGAUGAAGGUAUAGAUUAU